UCCUUUGAGGACGCGGGCAGCCUUGCAGAAGCUAGUACUAUCGUUGUUACUCUUCCGAAAACUUCGUCGGUUCUUUCUGUUGUUUUUCCCCCAAGAUUAUUGCACAGUUUUGCUCUCAGCUUUCCUGUGGGGUGUUAUCAUAGCCUUGUCAAUGAGAAGUUGGGUAACUUCCCGGAGGGUCACGGAGAGAAUAGAUGGCUGAGGCGGAAAGAGCAGAAGCAAACCCUGCCCCCAGUGGGAACCGGGCGUUAGGUGGAAUCCCCAGCGCGGCGUAAACUGACUAGCGACGAGUUACGGGUGUCACAAGCUGUGCUUGUCACGAAGUGAAGAAAGAAGGGGGAAGACACUCAAACCAAAGAGUCUUUGUGUCUCUUAUUAUGCUGUAACAAGCAGAAGUAGAGCAGCCUUUGCUAUGUCAAGUGUCAUUUAUCUCACAGAUUCAUUUGACAAGUUAUAUCUUAAGAGAGAAACCGGUAGUAAAGGAAGUGAAAUGACAUGAAAGUGAAGGAAAAUAACGUGAUCUGCUUCCCUACCACGGUUGGAAUACACAUUUCAAACGAGAGGUAGCAGAGAAGCAAGCUCUGUAUUCUGCUGAAAAAUUAUUUUGCCCCUCUCAUUAGGGAGGGGAGGAGAACCCUAAAGUGAUAGUCAUGCAUAAAGCAGAAAAUGUAACUCCUUCACAGCCCUCUCCCCAACCACAGGUACUCCAACGUCUUCCACAUCUCUCAUGUACCUGUCAUUUACUCCAUCAUUUAUAGUGAUGCUACAGGACAGAGAGGAAUGGAUAAAAACAUUGGCGAGCAACUCAAUAAAGCUUAUGAAGCCUUUCGACAGGCAUGCAUGGAUAGAGAUUCAGCAGUAAAAGAGCUACAGCAAAAGCAGACUGAGAACUAUGAGCAGAGAAUACGUGAGCAACAGGAACAGCUGUCACUUCAACAAACUAUUAUUGACAAGCUAAAAUCACAGUUACUUCUUGUGAAUUCCAGUCGAGAUAACAGUUAUGGCUGUGUUCCCCUGCUUGAAGACAGUGAAGCAAGGAGGAAUAAUUUCACUCUGGAUCAGCCACAUGAUAACGUAAAAUCACGAAUACCAAAAGAAAAAGAAUCAAAGGUAAGAAGACAAGAGUUUUCUUCUCCAAGAAAAGAAACUUCACCAAGGAGUCUUGGCAUUCCUUUAUUCCAUGAAAGAGGUUAUAUAGAGAAGACUUUCCGGGAUCUGAAAGAAGAAUUUCAUAGAAUAUGCAUGCUAGCCAAAGCACAAAAAGACCACUUAAGCAAACUUAAUGUACCAGCCACUGUAACUGAGACACAGUGCUCUGUGCCUAUACAGUGUACGGAUAAAACAGAUAAACAAGAAGUGCUAUUUAAGCCUCAGGCAAAAGAUGAUAUAAAUAGAGGUGCACCAUGCAUCACAUCUGUCGCACCAAGAGGAUUGGGCCAAGAUGAGGAAGACACCUCUUUUGAAUCACUUUCUAAAUUCAAUGUCAAGUUUCCACCUACGGACAGUGACUCUACUUUCUUACAUAGCAGUCCAGAAAGACCCAGUGUCCUUGGUCCUGCCUCAUGUGAGGCUAUGUGCCAGGAUAAAUUUAAUAUGGAGCCCAGAGACAACCCGGGAAACUUUGUCAAAACAGAAGAAACUUUAUUUGAAAUUCAGGGAAUUGACCCCAUAGCUUCAGCUAUACAAAACCUUAAAACAACUGACAAAACAAAACCCUCAAAUCUUGUAAAUACUUGUAUCAGGACAACUCUGGAUAGAGCUCCGUGUUUGCCACCUGGAGACCAUAAUGCAUUAUAUGUAAAUACAUUCCCACUUCAGGACCCAUCUGAUGCACCUUUUCCUUCACUCGAUUACCCAGGAAAAGCUAUCCGAGGACCACAGCAGCCCGUUUGGAAGCCCUUUCCUAAUCAAGACAGUGACUUAUCGGUACUAAGUGGCACAGGCUCAGAACUGCAUAUACCUCGAGUAUGUGAAUUCUGUCAAGCAGUUUUCCCACCAUCCAUUACAUCCAGGGGGGAUUUCCUCCGGCAUCUUAAUUCACACUUUAAUGGGGAGACUUAAGACGCAUUUGAAAACAGACAUAUCAAGUUCUAUGUGAUGAUUCUGGGUUUGUAAUAUUAUGUACUUGAUUGCAAACUUAGCUCAAAAUCAUUUAUUGAAAAAUCCAGUGUCACAGCUAUUUGAAUUUUUUUCUAAACUUAUGUUGUAACUUUCUUUUAUUACCUUUUAAAAGAUCAUUCUGUACAAAACUGUAAUUCAUUGUAUUCAUGUUUACAGUGUUUAUUGCCAUAAUUCAAAAUUAUGUAUGUGACUUAUGGAAUUGUAUAACAAUAAUUUAUGUUUUUUUCAAAUGUCUAAGCUUAUUGCUUGGAUUUCUAGUUAGAUCUAUUGAAUUUGGUGAUGUCAAAUGUUUAUAGGGUUUUUUUCACUUGUUUUCAUUUAAAAGUUUAGAUUAUUUAUGCUGUGGGUGUUCUUUUUGAAUAAACCAAUAAUAGAGAAUAGCAGACAAGAUAAACAUCUGAGUAAAUACCAAACCUAAGACAUUUGUUGCUCAGUGAUAAGAUCACUGGUAGGAUUAUUUAAACACUUUAUUAUUUUUUUUAAAUAAUAGACAUGGUUUUAAUUUUUACUAUACGUAUAGCAACAUGAUGAAAUUAAAUAUUAAAAGAGUUACUUAUAUUGUGAUAAUUAAUGUGUUCUUUGUUCUUAAAUAAAUAAAUAAAUCACAUUUGGGGGAAAUUCAUAAAA